ACUUUAGACACAGAACAAGAGGUAUGGCCUGAAAAUGUGGAGCUUUAUGAGCCAUGUAAAGGUAAUUGAAUCUUCCUUGUUACAUUUGUAUUAUUAAGGACCAAUUACAUGCAUAUAAUAUGCCAAACUUUCCCAGAUUAUCUAGGAGUCUUGAUCCUUGAUACAGCAUAAAAUAAUCUUCUGGUCUCCUGCACAUUUCACUAAAUCUUGUGAAUGAAGAUGUCUUUGAGUUCUAUUGUAAUGAUAUCACAAAUUUCUCCAAAAUAUAAAAUUGUCUUUUUUUUUAGAUCAUAUCUGCACAUCUUUCAUCACAACUGAUGAAGACUGUUUUCAUCAUUAUAAUAAUUAGCAAUUGUUGAUUUUUUUUGCCUCGUGCAAGAAUAUGUAUUUAAUGUCCUAAGUCACACCCAUAUUAUAAUCUUAAGUGCUAGGUUGCUUUGAUUGUAUUACAUAACAAGGGGGUGGGAUGAGAAAAGAGGCUGGAGGGGCGGGGGGUAGGGUUAUUGUAUGAAAGAGACAGUUCAUGGGUCUCCAGAGUUUGGUACAUAUGUAUUUCUGAGAGUAGCCUUGUGCAGUCCUGUACAAGUACAGUUGGUCUGUUGCCUCUGUUAUGAUUCCAAGUGAGAUUCCAACCGAGAAUUAGAAUUUAUGUUUUACUAUUAUUAAUUUUUAUUAUUAAUUUAUUACAUUUUUAGAUACCAUUCUUCUGACAGAUGCUGCUAAUUGUAGAAGUGCAGAGGUACAUGUAUGAAAAAUUGUCAUUUCUACUGCCUUUUUUUGUUUUUUGGUAGAAACUGUUAACUCAAAUAUAUUGCUAUAAAAAUUAAUGCAUAUUUACUACCUUAAUCCGUGAGUAUGAAAUCUGAUGGCUACCUGUACAUCUUUAGCAAUACCUUUCAUGGUAGUAUUUGUUCUUGGCAUAAUUUGGAGUGUAUGCAUUUGCAACAUUUCUUAUGGGUUCCAACCUGCUAAUCUGUCAUAUGACAGACCUUCUGAUGAGGUGUCAAAAUUAUUGGCAAAUCAUGCUGAAUUAAUUUUUUUAGAGGUCACAUGAAGCAGCAGAAAAGAUAUACGCAUGGCAAAUUAUGCAAUUUCUCAGCACUCUAUAUAAUUUGUGUUAGAGUUCUUACUGCGGUAAUAAUUAAGUAUUUUAUACAACAAAUUCACAAGUCUCUGCAUGAUGUUUCCAAAGUAAGUCAACUCAAAAUGAACAAUAAUAUUUAUUUUUUUUCUCCUUGUUUCCUGAUAAUUUUACUAACAGUGUGCUCCUUUAGCCUCCCACGCAGACGUUCUUUGGGGUUCGUCACACAUUCCUGCCCCAUGAACAUCUGCCGAAAUGAACGGUUUAAUUCCUUUCCUAUUGUUUGCAAAUAUCAGCUGGAGCUCAUGUUCAGAUUAGUGAAGAACCAAUCCACACAAUUAAGUCAAAGUGUUGACAAUCCAAACACAACAUACAAGUUCAGUAGAGUGUGAUACUUGACCAAAAGGUAUUGCCCCAGACAAGAAAUUCUCUGUUUUCACUAUCACGUCAUCAAAAAUAAAUAUUCAAACCAUUCAAUACAGAAAGUCCAGAAUCUGGAAAAUGAAAGAAGAUAAAUAUAUUUUAAAAGGUCUGUGUGAAAUUUCAUAUAGAGAUGUUCAAGACAACGUUUUGCCCAAAUUUAUAAAGCUUUGUAUGGAGAUGCCAUGUUGGUGUCCCUUUUAUGGGCACAAAUACAUGUACAUGUAUGGCCGCUGAAAACUAACAGCUAACAGAAAAAUCUGUCUUUGAGUUUUACUACAAAAGCAUGAAUUAAUUCAUUGCUUGAGGAAAUCAUAAAGAUUAAAGUAAUAUUUAUUCUGAGACAACAAAAUUAAUGUUUAGAUGGCAAAAUCUCAAAAAAUAAGUUGUAAUGUUUUUAACCCAUGUAAGAGCUUUCUCGGCCACCAGCUAAUAGCUCACUUUGGAAAAGAGUAAUAGCUUGGGACCCAAACGAAGCGCGUGCGCAUUUAUGAGAUUGUUUGGGGGGACAAGUCGAGCACGCCACCUUGAAUUAUGACGAGACUUGCAAGUUGUCGUGUGGCUUUACAAAUAACUUCACGAACUCCUAGCUGGCAUUUUGUAGAAUACCAAAGGCAAGAAGUUUCCUUUGAGAAUAUCAGUAAAAUGUGUACAUUUUCUUCGGAAGGCUAAUUUGAAGCUGUUUCACUGUGCAUUCUUCUGGUUUUUCUCAAGGUAAAAUCACCCCACAAACAUGAUCUUCUUCCUUCAGCUUUAGCUGUUUUAACCCCGCUGAAACAUUCCACUUUGCUUCCCACCAUAUUUGUUUACAUUCACUUCCCCCCCAAAUAAUCCCAUAAAUGUGUGCGUACCUAGUUUUGGUCCCAGGCUAUCACUUUUUUCCGGAGAGAGCUAUUAAUACCACAUCACCCAAAAGCCUGUAAAUUGAAGCCCAGGCUGAGUAAGAGCAGUGUGCUUGUAGCAGUGGGCUCGGUUAUGACCAUUGGUUUAUCAAUAAACAGAUGCUUGUUCUCGAAGAAACUUCUUUGACAAUGGGAAACAAGAAUGACUAGUCCAGAAUCGAAGUGCAGGCUGUGGCAACCUUAAAGGUUUGACGUGAUUCAAGCAGGUCCUGCCCUUUUCUCGUCCUUGAUCAAGAAGACAAGAGAGGCCUCUGCUGACAGGGUGGCGCUCAGACUUUGCACUAGUUUCUCUUUAUACUUAAAUGUUACAUUAACAUUUUAAUAAAGCAGCAUGUAAUGGCUAUCUUUAAGUUGGUGAUAUGCUAAUCCCUGUUAGCUACCUUUAAAUGAACCUCCAUAAUUUUAGUUUUGGAAGGGUGAGUGUUGUUGCCUCACUGUAAUAAUAAAUAUUUAGUAGAAACUGGUCAUUUUAUUUUCACAGGUGUACUUAAAAUUCUGUGGGUUAGCCUAUGAAGUAACAAGCAGAAGGAAUGCUGAAUUUAUGUCUCCUAAAGGUAUCCAGUUUCUGUUUAAACAAGGAAUUUGCCCAAUGCUUGUUUUCUGCCCAUGAUGUUUCAGUUUUAUGGAAACAAUAACAUUUGGUGCUCAAAAAAGACAGUGAACAAGUCUUACCAGACUGGCCUUAAAAGCCUUUAAAAAAGAGGGAGGAAAAGAAGGUGAUACUUGUGAUCAUUUGUUCAUUAUCUCUAGCUCCCUUUUAAAGUGUAGUGUUGAAUGUAAUUAAUUAUACUUUUGUGUAAUUGUAGGUAAUGUUCCUUUUCUAAGAGCUGACAGGCAGUUAAUAAGUGAUUUUAGUGGCAUUACCUCAUACAUUAAGGAAAAGGUAGGGACAAUGAUUUUGUUUUUCCACUGUGAUUAGCUCAUCAAAGACUAAAAUCCUAAGAUAAAAAUGCUCUUAGCAAUCCCUCAUAAUUGUCACAUGGGCAAGCAAGUAAGUUGAAAGGGAAUGAGGCAAACAGAUGGGCUAACAUUGUAUAUGAGAAGAUGAUAUUUGCUAGCACACCACCCCUACCUGAGUCCUCCCAUGACAGCUGCUUUCCCAGUCUUGGCCUUCUAAAACAGGACCUUGCAUGGAAUACAAUUAAACCUGUGUGUAAAAACAUAAUGGAUUAAGAACCUCCUGGCAGAAAUUUGCCACUUUAAUACCCCAAGAUACAAGAACCUACAUUUUGCCCGACCAAAAAAAAGUAAGAUUCUUAUGCACCAAUGUACAUGUAUGCAGGUUUAUACUGUAUUUUUUGCACGUGGUGUUUGUAGUAAGGAUCAAUAUUUCAGAGUAGUUCUUUUUAAAGCAGCACUUUUUCAAUUAAAUCAAUUAGCCAAAAAUGUCACUUAAACCCAGCUAUGUUUAAUUUUACAGGGCUUCUCUGCUAGUAAGGAUUUGGAAAUGAAAGACAGAGCAGAAAUGGAGGCAUAUGUGUCGCUGGUUGAAAACUCUCUUCUCCCAGCUGAGGUAAUCAACUUCUCAUAUUCAUUAAUAUAUGCAUGUUAGAAAUCACUGCCUCACUCUAGUGAUGUCUGGAUACCUCACCUUGGUUUAUGCAGAAGAUGUACAUACUGACAUACGAUGUGAUAAUGGGAAAAAGUGCUUAGAACAGGAACUUUUGACAAACCUUAUUAAUCCUAACAUGUGAAACAACCAAGUCUCAUGCAUUUCGUGCCUUGCCAACACAGUCUCUCAGCCCCAGGAGGUGGGGGAGGGGGGAAUACUUCAGAUGGGGGUAAAAAUCAAAACCCCAAAAAUUCCCUAUGGCUACCAUCAAAACCCCCAAAAGAUCCUUGGAUCAAAAAUUAACCUCCCAUCCCCAAAAAAAAAAUAAAAAAUCCCAUUUAACAUUUCCUUGACUUAAAAUAUAAAAAAAAAAAAAGAAAUUUGGUUAUUUUUUUUUAAAUAAUAUAAAUAGUAAACAACUCAAAAACGAAACAAUAACAUAAGAUAUCACUUAAAUCACAAAUUAUACGUGCAAAAACUAUAAGCCUUAAAAUUUCCAGAAAGCAAAACAAGUUUGGUUGUUUUUAUUCACAGAACUACAUGGCUGGAAUACACAAGAACUACCACAAAUCUUCAGAUUGUGUUGAAUACCCAAAAAUUCCUUACUAAAUCAAGCCAGCCAAAGAAACACUCAACCUCGUUCCCAGGGUUCUCUCCUACCCCCAAAAAUAUUAUCCUGCUAUCAUCCCCAUCACUUGAAAUCUUGAGUACCCCCCUAGGUUCCUAACUUAAGGAAUGAACAAUGAGGCAUGACAUUAUAUAUUCCCAAGCUAGGUUCUUGGUUUAGGGAGAAAACAGUAGCUCAAGUACGUGAUGACUCAAUACUCACUUUCAAAACCUUUUGAUGACUUAACUGUGCAUCUUAGCUUUUAUAAGGCACUUUUAUGAAAAUCAGGUUAAUGGCCAGAUGGACAGAGAAGGUGUCACAAAAACUUAAUUUGUGAAAUUAUGGGAUAUGUUGGCCUAUGUCCAGAAAGAACAAGAUAAAAAAAUGUUCAUGCUUCAUUGACUGUAAAUCCCUCUAAAAUAGAGUUCUAAAGUGUGACAUCAUAGAAAACUAAAUUUGCAAAAUUAUGGGAUGUGGUAGCAUGUCCAGAAAGAUCAAGAUAAAAAAAAUGUUCAUACUCCAUUGACUGUAAAUCCCUCUAAAAUAGAGUUCUAAAGUGUGAUGUCAUAAAAAAUUAAAUUUGUGAAUUUAUGGCAUUUGUCAGGAUAUUCUGAAAGAAAAAUAUCCAAGAGGACUACUUGCCAAAAACUAGCAUUGUGAAGCAAAUUGUCUCUAAGAUAUUAGCCUCUUUCUGCUCUGAUGAUUCCAUACAAAUCCUUCUAAAUUUGACUUGCCAGUCUAAACCUUUUGACCCAAGUCAAAUUUAGAAGGAUUUGUCAGUGGAGUCAUUAGAGCAUAACUGGGCUAUAUCUCAGAGACAAUUUGCCCCCAAAAUGCUAAUUUUUGGCAAGUAAGCAUUGUUGUUAGACGUAGUUCUUUCAGAAUAUCUUGACAAAUCCCAUAAUUUCACAAAUUUAAUUUCCAAGACGUCAUCACUCUAGGACUCUAUAGGUCUGGAUCGUAAAAAGCUAAUUUUAGAAGUAUUGUAAGGAGUCAUCAGAGCAUAAAGGACAGGUGCUUAUACACUGUACAUGUAUCUCCCUGCUAAUUUGCACUUAUAAGCUGAUUUUUUACCUUGCUCUUUUCACAAAUUUAGUUUUUGUGAUGUCACACUCCUCUUCUAUUGCAUUGACAUCUCAAUGAAGUGAUUUUUCUUCUUAACCUUGUGUCUAGCUUUACAUGUUGUGGUGGAAGAAAAGUUGGGUAGUUAGAACAAGACAACAGUAUGGCAGUCAGUUUGCUACACCAUUAAAUGUUAUCCUUAGCUACAGGAAACAAUGGCAGAUCUGUAGGCACCUCAAGGCUAUUGGCUGGCAUCUCAAAACUGAAACUGAGGUAUGAAUAAUAAUCAUACACAGACUCUCAAACUGGUAAUGUGUGUUAGGAAAGGAGACAACAAAACUGCCUGUUAUAUAGAGGUGUCCUAAUACUGUAGACUUUGGUAGUAUAGGGAUUGAAUGAAGUAGGUUCAGCUCAGGGGCGGAUCCAGAGGAAGGGUACAGGGGGUGCACACUGUGCACCCUUCCUCCCCGCCCCCUGAGAUGACCUUAGGCUUUCUAAUACAGCUACACAAAUCCUGCUGUAUCGUUUGAUGUGACUUAUUUUCAGUAGUUCAAGUUAUGUUAUUGCCUAGUCAAAUGCAUUCUUCGUAUUCGCUUUUAAAAUUUGCCUAAGAAAAAUCCUCGAUCCGCCCCAGCUACUGUAGGGUCAAUCAUAGACUACGAGUAGUCCCCCAUUUGUCCUCAGGGAUAUUAGAGCGAGCGAAACGCGAGCGUGCGUGAAAAUCACCCCACGCGAGAAAGGCGACACGCGGCGGGGAGAGAGAGAAAAAUGUGAUCACCACCGCGUGUCGCCUUUUCUCGCGUGGAGUGAUUUUCGCGCGCGCGCUCGCGUUUCGCUCGCUCUACUAUUCCUGAGGACAAAUGGGGGACUACAUCGUAGUCUAGGUCAAUCAUACAGAUAUCAUUUUAUUGCAAGGAACGUAGAAAACACACAGGAGAAAAGGACAGUCAGAUAUAAGAGCCAACUUAUCUAUAUCUAUAUCUGUUAUCAGUUUUUCUUUAUUCACACAAGCAAAAUUACGCUUUUCUCAGUUCGAGCCUUGAAAUGAAACGUGUUCUGAAAUACUUGUGAUUUUUCCCCCAAGUUUUCUCUUUUCUUUAUAAUUGCUCAGUCAGCAUUUGGCUUUCAGUUUCAAAACGAGCAUCCCUUUUAAAAGUCCAGCUAUGCGCCGUAUAAGAUAAGAUAAGAUAAGGUAAGUUUAUCAUAUCACUUCAGGAUACCUCAUGUGAUAAAAACUAUUAUUAAAAGAAGAAUUAAAAGAAUAUAAUAUUUUACUAAGCCUAAGGUAUAUAUGUACAUGUAUAUCUAGCCGAUUUUUUGAAAACCAAGCUAUCGAAAAUUCCAGUCAUUUGAGUGAAAAGGCGUAAAAAGGCAGGUGCUUUGGGCUCUAUAAGCUUUAAAAACACACUAACGAAGGAAAAAGAAAGAGCGAAGAGGAAGUAAGGAGGUGAAGAGAAAAGAGCAAUGGUUACAUUCUUAGCUUUUAUAAUGGCUACUUUGGCCGGGAAAAAAGUGUUGGACGCAAAAGCUCCAUAUGGCGGUAACGUUGUCAAAAAUCCGGCUAGAUAUGUAAAGAAAAACAAUGAAAAUUAAAACGAGUUAUUUUGCUGCAUUACAACAUCGCGAUUAGUUAAUAAAAAAGUCACAUGUUCACUUUUGUCACUAAAUCUAAUAAAGAUUUGUUCCGAUAAUUCAAAAAUGAAAUGCAUGCAUUCCCAAGUGUACAAAUGUGGCAAACCGAUAUUCUGUUUGAAAAUAUUCUAAUUGAAAACUGUUGGUCCAGACUGUGUGCUUUGGUUUAAUUUUAUAGGUUCUUGAGGAGUUUCGACGGACAUGUCAAGCUCUUUCUGAAAAGUUGGGAAACAAUAGGUUCUUUAUAAAUGAUAGGUAAGAAUACCGCCGCUUUUCAUCGAGCAAUGGGAAACGAUGAGAGUGACCAAAAUUAGUUUUCCCGCCAACGAUAUCAGUACAAAAUUAAGAGAAAAGGGUAUGAGAAUUAAAAAAAAUGAUCACCUUGAAAAGUAUAAAAUUCUUUGAUUUUCCAACAAAUUCUCUUGACUAAUUCUUUAAGAUAAUCGAUCUAUCAAGAGUAGUCUGGAGAAUUUGUAUGUGGAUAUUGGGGCUUAACGGGUUAACAGAGGGUUGCCAUAAGUAUUUCAAAUAGACAGACGUUAUCAACAGCUUAGAAACCACUCAUUUGUAUUGUAGAACCUGGAUCUACUUUUUUAAAUAAUUAUAAGAAACUCCCUUGCUAGCAGAGACUCAUGAACAGAGAAUUAAUGGUUUUUAUUGAUUUUUCCAUCUCUUUUAUAUCUCCUUCAGAAGAUCCAUUAUCAUAUUCUCCACACAUCUAAGCUGCAUGUCUUUGAUGAUGAUUUAAUUUUUUCGUGUCUAAUUCUGAUUGGAAAUUUUGUAGGAGAAAUCGUAUACUGUUCAAACAGUACAUUGCCCAUUUCGACCAAUUACCCAAACACUCCUCUUUUAGUGCACCUGUUUAUAGACGUUUGAUUCUAUUUUUCUUUCUUUAAUCACUGUAGACCAACAGAGCUGGAUGCAUUAGUGUUCGGCCAUCUUCAUUCAGUGUUGACCAGAUAUCUUCCAGAUGAUUCCCUCAGUUCUGUUGUCAGGGCGCACAAAAACCUUGAAAACUUUGUCAUGAGAAUAUUGAGGGAAUUCUUUCAGUGA